AUGCCCCGUUAUGAAGAUUCAAAGACUCCAACGGCAACCUCAAGGUCACAGCGUGUGAACUUUUACGAUAACGACGCAGAAGAUUACCCUAUACAUAUAGAAAUACCGAGAUUGAGACAGACGUUCCCAAGGUCACAUCGUCAUGAACGUGCACCUUUUUUAAAACCACGCGAUGUGUUUGAACGUCUCACAGAUCAUCGUUUCUUUACAGGCGCACAUCGGCAUAGGUUUGAUGAAAACGGCAACGGUCGUGGCCUAGCUGGUCGUGAAGAAGUUUACAUCUUUGAUGGUAAUACUGAAUCCACUUCCAGGAUCCACGAAGUAUACUCUACGGUCAUCAGACGCCCUCAUAAGACAGUCAUUCCUUAUGGGACAUUGGGUGUUCAGAAGUUUGGGGUACAAAUCGCAACACCCAAAUUGAUGUGGCUAUAUCGCAACGGUGAUAAGUAUCACGACGGGAUAGCAUUCUAUGUUAGACCAUUUAUCAAAAACGUGGACAUGCUGUUCUUCUAUAUCUCAAAGGAACUGCCGUUAAUAGCAGGACCAGUACGACGUAUAUAUGAUCAGAAUUUACGACUGGUGACAUCUAUUGAGGAGAUUGUGGACGGUGCCAAGUACCUCUGUACAUCGGGUAGGUUCUAUAUGAUUAACAUAAAAGUGACCUUAGGCGAGCCUCCAGCACCAGCGCACAGACUCCAUAAAUUUAUGGAUGAAUGGGUGAUUCAACGGUUUGCACACUGA